GGUAAAUAUACAUUUACAGGUGUAAGGGUGUAUAACAAUGAAUUUGUUAAUGCCUCGAAAGGAGAGACUGUUUUGGUGGUGUGUGUAUUAAGAAAUGGAAUUUAUUUUAUGCGUGGUUGCAAAUUCCUUCUGGCUGCGUAUGGUCGCAGUAGAGGCUUUUGGAAAAUGUUAGAAGAUCCUCCCACUUUCUCUGUGGAGCCGGUUUUAUUUCCUGAUAAUGGCAGAUUUUUUACUUCAUGAUCGAGUGAGGGAGCUGUGGAUGCAGAUUGAUCAGUUACACCUCAGUUAUCUUCAAACGGAUGAAAGCUUGUAUAAGUUAGAGCAACGAGAGAAACUCGAAGGCUACAUACGAGAGUACUUGUGUCUGGUUCCACAUGACCAAAAAUUCUGCUUCCGAGAAACAGCAGAUGUGCUUCAUAGAAGUGCCAUCACAAAAGAGGACUUUAGUGGCUAUAGAGCAGCAUCAGCAUGGAAUGCAAUUGGUUUAUAUGCCGCUAAUCUACUUUCACAACCAUGGAGGAAAGAGUAUCGUGAGAUGAAGAUGUACUGCGGAUUUUACAAACAUGAAGUAGAAGCCAAUCUUAUCGGAGCUGAAUUGAUGCUUGAGGCAAUGGGAUAUAAACAUACAGGGUCAAGUAUAAUGGUCCUAGAUGGUCCUAUUGACCCUGACAGAGUUUCUAAUGUUUCUCGUGACUCACUUGUGGCAUUUGUUGAAUGUCAGUUGCUGAAACACAUUUGGGAAGAAGUGUCAAGCCGGUUUCAUUGUACAUGGCUGGAUGUUCUGGAAUACCGUGAGAAUCAUGCUGGUUCUCCAGAAAAUGCUACCAGAGGUUUGAUAUAUAGACUUCAUCAGCGCCAUUAUCAAGAACAGCAGCAGGUGCAACAACAGCAGCAGCAGCAGCAAAAGCAGCAGCUGAUUUCAGCUCCUUAUCACCACCCACCUCCAGCAUUUGACACAUAUGGCACUUCACCCCAUUAUCAUUCUCCAGCGGCUGGUUGUGUAUAUGGACAAAUUCAACACCAUGUUCCACAUUUAGGGUAUAACUACUAUUCACCCACUUACGCUUUGGGCAACUCUCAUGCUGCGUACACUCUACCAUCACAAUCGAGAUAUGCAGGUGUUACAAGUGUGCCACAAUCAGUACCUUACCAGGUUGCAGUACCUGCUCCUGUGCACACUGCCUAUCAGGUACCACCUGCUCCACAUCCCGUAUUAAAAUCUCAAGAUCUUUAUCCUAACAGUAGCCACAUACAUCAAUUUCCUGGUCCAUUGGCAGUGAAUCACAUCCCACCUCAAGCAGUACAAAACGGCUAUCCUCCGUCAGGACAGUUAUUGGAAAACCCGACUGUGAUGCAGAACUAUGGUUAUACUGUCCCUACUGGACAGUUAAUAGAAUUAGAAAAUACGAAUCCUGCACAGAGUACUAGUGUCAAUCACCAGCAGUCAUUUCCCGGACCAGAUUCUUCCAUAUUGAUACCAAGAGUAGUGAAGCAGCAUAGUUCCCAAGCACAGCUGAAAAAGAAUUGUGAACGACAAGUUGAUAGUAGUGGCAGGUUUGUUGCACCUGUAAAUUCUCAGGAUCACUUGUCAUAUUUGGAUGAUAUAGAUAGCAUUGAAGACCAUCCUUCAUUAAGCAAGGCGAAAGAAGAUGGUAAAGGAACAUUUGAUGCUUGGAACUAUGUUUUCAAAAGCCUCGAGAGCCAAGGUUACAGUAAAGAUUUAGCAGAUAGGCCAAAUGUUCUCUCCCCAGAAAAACACAGUAAAUCUAAUCAUAAGGAACUGAAGCCGUCAAAGCAACAGGCUAUCGAAAUGUCAAGUCUUGAAAACACCUUAAUGGAAUUGAGGCUUGAAGAAUAUCAUAAAAAGAUAUCUAGUCCACCAGAGAGAAGACCAAUGAAAAUAAAUGAAGCUCUGCAUAGGAUGAAAUUGGAAUGUGAUGGUGAGGGAUCAAGAAAUUCAAAGAAAACAGCAGUGAAUGAAAAUCUAGAUGGCCGUGGUAGUGUGUAUGACAACAUGUCGUCACCCCCUAAGGAAGUAAUGUACUCUGAAGUAAGUAGGUUGAAUGUUGGUGGCAGUUCAGACGUUGCAAAAAUGUCUAAGACGUUUCCCAAGGAAUCAAAAAAGAAUGUGAGUAAAAAAGGUAUGAAAGAAGAUAAUGACAUUUAUGUGAAACCACAUACUUCGAAAACAUCUCUUGGAGCUGAUGCAAUUGAGAGUCCAAAUGAUUAUUAUUCUGGAGCUAGUGUUCCAUCCAGAGAGAGACCAGUAUCUGUUGUUACAGAAACAAGCAAAUCAAAUGUUCAAGUAAACAAGAGCUCAACAAAAACAUUACCUAGAGAACCAAAGAAACAUAGUAAAAAGAAUGUGCAGUCUAGUGUGCAGUAUUCGUCUGCAACUUUGGACCCAAGAAGGAUUUCUGAUCACACUAAUCGUGUCAAUCCCUCUGGUGAUGUACCUAGGUCAAACGAGAAAGAACUGAAGCAGAAAGACUGUACAGAAGUAAGCAAUUUCUCUGAACAUGAGUCUGAUAAGUGGGAAUGUAGUACAUGCACUUUUUUAAAUAAUUCCACACGUGAAGUUUGUGAGAUGUGUGGUAAAUCGAAAGUCAGAGGAUCAGAAAUCAAACCCCUUGCCAGUGGAGGCCGAGAAUGUCCGCAGUGCACACUGGUGAAUGAAAAAGGUGUAGAUACGUGUAUUGCAUGUGACUGCAGUCUGAAAGACUCCCCAACAUACAUUUAGCAGUAUUGUGACCAGACUGCAAGUAACAGUCCAGCUAUCUAAAAAUGUUAGACUGACCUCGUUCACAGGUCUGUAUAUUUAUAAAAUUUUAUUGCUUGUUAUUCACAAUUUCUUCUUGUGUGAUCACCCACCCCCUUUCCCCCUUUCUGUUUUCUACUUAAUAAUACUUUUAUAAUGAAUUUGCAUUAAUGUUUUAUAUACACAAACCAUUGAACAUAAUAGUGUUCCCGUUGACAUAUGUUCAUAAACCUUUCUUCAUGUGUUCAUUUUUCUGUAAUAAUUCUUUUUAAUGGUUUUGUAUUCUAAACACACAAUGCUGUACUUCUUCGGGAAAUUUUCCCAGAUAUAUUUCUAGGAAUGAAAUUUCUUUAUAUAUUUUCACAGUAAGAGAAAAAUUUUAUUUUCUGCAUUUACGUUGUAUUUUUAAUUGAUUUAUUUAUUCAGUAACUACUGCCUUUGUUAAGUAUGCUAGUAUGGACUCUACGUUUAUGGUAAAGAUAUUUACUGUUGUUGAUAAUUUGAACAUCAGUUUCAGGCUACAAUUUCUUACAUAAUCUCACAACAGAAAUGUCUUAUAUAAAGCAGGUGUUGUACCAGAUGGAAAUAACUGUUAGGGCAUUGAGCAUAUUGUGUUAACAGCAUGCAGCCACAUGUGUUGCUUAAGAAAAUGAAACUUUGUUAUUACUUGAGAAAUACCUCUUUGCUUAAUUAAGUGAAGGGAAAUGUUUUGUUCACCAAGAAAUAUAAGGAAAUAUCAUUGAAGAAACAUUAUGUACAUUUUUUUAGAAAAGUAGUUUCGUAAAUGUUCUAACAGUGUUAAUUAUAUCUGCAGAAAUGUGUAAAUCUGGCAGGAUUGUAAGGUUCAGAAUCAUUUGUCAAUUGGGACAGUUUUUUAAAAGAGUGAAAACGUGUCAGUUCUUUUGAAUUGGCCAGAAAAAUGUGGCGUUUCAAGCACAACAAGGUACUGUAACCAAGUUUUUGUUAAAAUAGCUGCAUCUUUGUCCUAUGUCUUUCAAAAGAAUUUUGAGAGAUGAUGAAGCGUAUUAAUCCUCCCACCCCCACUAUUCAUUAUCUACUGCACUUAUGUGAUGUUGAUUUGACAGGAAGCAAUACAGUUAAUGCUUUUACAUUUUUACUGCUCAAGUAAAAGUUUUUUGUGGAAUAAAAACAGUGUAAUUUCCUUUAUUCA